UGAUAUGAAGCCGGCGCUGCAAACGCGAGCAUUUCUGACGGUAUCUUCCUUCCGUCCAGUCAGCUGGUCUGAUAGCCUGCAGCCACAGACGCCUCCGGAUGCUCUGAUGGUCGGGGUCCUGUCGGAACUCUGUGGAACUUCAGUUCAUUUUAAGGCUGCUGAUAACUUUAUUUUUAGAACGGAGUUUCGCUAACGCUGAGUAGAUGGAGCAAAGAGCCACUUGCGUUGCCGAAAUGCGCGCGCAUAUCUUUGAUGACGUAAAUGGGUCUUCAGUGGAUUCCCCUUUGCUGCUCGGGAGUGGGGAUUCCCCUAGAGCCGUACGUCGAAGCUUUGUGACGUCAUUGGCUCUGAUCUGAAUCGAUAUACACGUCUCACCCGGGCUCACCACAGUUAAUAUGAGAUAGAGUGAUUGAAUUCCUACCUAUAGGCUCUUUCGACUACUCUGGGUUAAACGUUUUAUACAUUUUCAUUGUUUUAUUUUACUGAAGCCAAGCUAUCGUAAAGAACGGGUGAGACAUGUCAGCUAACAUAGACUGCCAGGGCUCGUUUCCCUACGGAGUCAGGAGUUUCGUAGAGUGUGUGAGUAGAGCUGUGGUUCUGUCGAAACCAACAAACCUACGAGAAUUUUUAUCAGAGUAUAUGACAGAACUGAUUGAAUUCCGUGACUGUCAGCAUGAAACAGAUCCCAAGAUUGUUGCCUUCAAGUUUCAACAGCAAUGGGAGGAAAAGUUCUGGGUAAACUACGCUAAAACAAUCCCCAGCCCAUCAAGUCAACAAUCAGAAUCUGUAGACAAAAAAGGAAAUGUGCUUCAAAUACAAGUAAAAGCCCAAGACAAAGUCCCCGGGGUUGAGAAGAAAAAGGUUUCAACUCCUGUAACUGCACAGGCAUCAAAAUCCAAGACUUUGAAUCUGCCCUCCAAAAUCUUGAAAGGUACCACAAUAGAAAGACCAGAGCAAAUUUUAACAGAAACCAAGAAGAAGGUAUCAUUUACUCCUACUGCAUCAGUCCCAAAAUCGACAGUCCCUCUGUCCUCCAAGCUUUCAGAGAAAUCGAUGGACGUCACACAAAAAAUUACAGAGAGACCCAAGACCAAGGUUACCCUGUCUGAGAAGGUUUCAACACCUUUGACUGGAUCAGGGCCAAAAUUGACAGUCCCUCUGUCCUCCAAGCUUUCAGGGAAAUCAACUGACAUUACACAAAAAAUUACAGAGGGACCCAAGAUCAAGAUUACCCUGCCUCAGAAGGUUUCAACACCUUCGACUGGAUCAGGGCCAAAAUCGACGGUCCCUCUGUCCUCCAAGCUUUCAGAGAAAUCGACGGACGUUACACAAAAAAUUGCAGAGAGACCCAAGAUCAAGAUUACCCUGCCUCAGAAGGUUUCAACACCUUCGACUGGAUCAGGGCCAAAAUCGACAGUCCCUCCGUCCUCCACAAUUUUAAAGAAUUUUACAGACAAUGCACAUAAUAAAGCCCAGACCAAAGUGAGCCGGAUCCAGACCAAGGUUUCUACACCUGAGACUAGAUCAGAGCCAACAUCUGAGUCAGUCAGUCGACCACCAGGGAGGCCAAAACAGACAAAAGAGAAGCAGCCCAAAAUGGAAUCCGGUCAGCCUAAAGUAAAAAAGGAGCCUUGGGUCGACAUCAGAAUGCCACCACCCCCAAAACCAAAAUUAGGAAACAAGAAAAUCGAAGACCAAAUCAGCACCUGCCCCCCACUCGUUCACCACCCCACCUGUCCUGUCCACAACUUUCCCUUAAUACCUAUUACUGUUGUUAUUCCCCGUCGCAUGGUGGCCAGGACACAACAUUAAAAUGACCCAAAUCACUCAUUUCUUGAGUAGCCACAGGACUAAAUUUCAAAAUUUCAAACAAAUGGGCAAAAAUGGGACAAAACUGCAAAAGGUGGCAAUGAAAUUUUCAAAAAAUCGGGAAAAAGUGGCAUCCAACGGCAAAAGGGAAACCAAGUGAGUG